CUACUGUAAGCCAUUCUACAACAAAAUAUCACAAUAUAUACACAUAUAUUUUUCGAUCCUUUUAAAUUCAUUAUGAACUGUGUGCUUUGCCGUAAGCCCACUGUAACGCCGUUUUCAACGUUGCAAAAAUUUCGCGUCUGUGUUUGCCUGCAGGAGCACUAUCAAUGUUUGAAAUGCGAUAAACGACAGGGGUUUCAAUGUGGCUUGUGCGGUCGUGCAACCUUCGUGAUCUUCGUUCAAAUGAAAUUCGUCUACGAUGAAAUGUACGGAUUAAAAAUGAAAGCCGAAAAUCUUGCUGAGACUCGAAAUAAUGGUGGCAAUGAUAGUGAUAGUACUUUCGAGACCCCCGGGCAGCGUAAUACCCGAAAAUAUUGGACCGCCAUUGCAAGGGGUCGAUCUCGUUCGCAUCUUUCAGCUAGGAAGUCCACUUGUUUAUACAGAAAGAGAAGUUGUUCCAUGGAAUGUACAAAGGGUUGUCAGCAGCAGCAGCAGCAUGUUCAUCGUUUCGAAGACAAGACCACCAAGAAAGUAAAGGGCACAGUGGCCAGUCCACGGAUUGAUACAAAAAAGAUUUGCGUCGAGGAAUCAGAACGGCUAUUGAAAAAACAGGGAAAUCAAAAUUUAAAUUCGUUUACUAUUGAGGAGCAGCGAUUACUUAUCGCUUCUGCUUUAAUGCAAAGUUCAAGAGCUGCACCUAGAAAAAAGAAAAAUAAUGAAACAUAUGCUUGUGAUUCAAAUUCAAAUGAAGUUGAAGUUAAACCAAGAAAAAAAGCAGAAGUUCAUGAUCGCCAUAAUUCUCCAUCUCCAGUAUUACCAUCAUGUUGCAAAUACAAUCCUAAUAUGGCUUUUGAGAAAGACGUAUAUGAGAAGAUCAAUUCGGCAUGUUGUUGUACCAAGAUGCGGGAAUUAAAAAAGCACAUUCAUAAGCCACAAGUUACAAAUCUGGACGCCUAUGCCAUUGAAGGGAUGCGUUUGCAAAUGGGUGCUCCCUAUAAAAUAAAGAAGUCCGUAGAUCCUUUUGAUAAAGAAUUUGCAACUAAGGAUAUACGAUUUUAUACCAAGGAAGAAAGGAGUGCACGACUUGAAUAUGUUAAUGAAAAAUAUAAGUUCGAUGAUCCACAGGAGAAAUAUUUAGUAUUUGGAUGUCAGUUUGUGACCAACCGACGACAUAUGGAGUGGCUGUCAUCAGAACCUAAAGAAAAAUAUGUCUGCAGUGGUAUACCCCUAGUUCGGCGAGUUCUAUAUUGUUGCUCAAAUUCCAUGGAACGUCAUUGUGAACUAAUCGAACUUCCAUAUGAUUUUGAAGAAAGUCGUUUUUCCAGAAAUGCUUUGUCAUUUCCAUUUAUUUGCUUAAAAAAGUCACAAUUACUAGCCAAGUGUCCGGAUCAAAAUUGUCAAGAAUCUCUCUUUAUGUACAACAUAUCCUUUCAUCUGACUAUUAAACACAAUAAUUGGCUAGUGAAACAUUUGGAAUUAAAUACCCCAUAUACUUUUCAAUUGGAUUUGAACGUUACAAACGAGAGCGUAAAAUGUCAUGCUGUAAUACAAUUGCAAAAUGUGCUUUUGGAAUAUUCCAAGUAUGGAUCUAACCUAUCCUUAACCAUAAUGAGUAGGCAUGUGCAACUGAGUGAAAUUCUGGGAAACUGCCAAACGGAUCAGCGAUUAACAUUAGUUUGGGCAGCAACUUCACUGGCCAAAACAUUUCCCAUAAUGGUAAGCUUGACCUUGUGGUCAACGGGUGGCGAUGUCCCCAAAAGUACGAUAUCCUAUACCGGAAAACCAUUUGAUAUUAAGAAGUCCAUUCGACCCUAUCAUUUGAUCAAAAGUGGUAGGGUCCUUAUGCUAACGGCCAAUCAAGUUAAUGCACUUACUCAAAAAGGCAAGGAAAAGGUGGGCAUUACGUUUAUCGCCAGGAUGGCAAAUAUAUAAGAAACCAGACGAAAAUUGACAAAUGAAAAUCAAAAAACAAAAUUCAUAACACGGGAUACAUGAAAGUGUCCUAUUUUCUUUGAAGGGACGUGUAAUUAUUAUCUUUUUUUUUAUUAGCUAUCUGCAUUUGUACAAUGUUAUAUUAUUACCUAGAAUUUUCUGUACUCUUCGGUCUUAAGCAUUCUUUAAUCGAAUUGGCUUCUUUUUACGUACUUCCUUUGCAUUUUUCGCGCUGUCUCUUUUGGAAAAUUAGUAAAGUGAGAAAACAGCACAGGAUGAUGUGGCCAGGACGAAACAGGAGGGAGAAUAGAUCUAAGGAAAGCGACACUCAAUUUGCGAAAUGCAAUAAAUUGAAUGAAAAGUGUGAAAAUGAAGAGGAGUCAUCAGCAUCGGCGACAACACUAACGACCAAACAGAGAUAGAGACAGAUGCAGACAGUGGAGUGAGCGAGAUAGAUGGAGAUAGAGCUUGGCGCUAAGAAAGCCAGAAAAUGUAAAUGAAAAUUCAAGAAAAUUUAAUAAUAAAAACAUCAGCAUAAAGUGAAACGCAUAAAAUCCAAUGAAAUGUAAAAGGCGCCCGCUGGACCUUCUUCCUGUUGUGUUCAUGCCUGCCGUCUCUUUCUAUACCCGAUCGCCCGUCUCUUUCGAGCGUCGUUACAGACAGUGGCGUAUGCAGUGGCCAAAAAGUAUUUCGAAUAUGGUGAAUUAAAUGGAAAUUAAAAUGAGAGUAUAAAAAUUUUAAAGUUUAUAACGGUCUGGCAGUAUUAUUGUUAAGCUCUAGAGGAGUGAUAAAUUUCAAUGAAAUGCAAAAGGCGCCCGCUGGACCUUCUUCCUGUUGUGUUAAUGCUUUCCGUCUCUUUCUAUACCCGAUCGCCCGUCUCUUUCGAGCGUCGUUACAGACAGCGGCGUAUGCAGUGGCCAAAAAGUAUUUGGAAUACAAUUUUAAUAUGCGAUAUUAAAAAUUUUUAAGUUCAUAACGGUAUGCACGAUUAUUGUUAAACACUAGAGGAGUGAUUUUUAGGACGCACAACUUUUGGUUUCCACCCUCUUGAAUUAUUUCUUACCUAAGCCCCUGGACGGAUGUAUGUGGAAAAUAGCGUCGGGUAAUCACAUUUCUCUGGUAUAGUAUGGCAGUAUGGCAGUGUCCUGCAGCCAGCAGGAUAUGCUCAAUUGAACAUGUUGAUUGCUGACAGCGCGUCCUGACCCACCGACCCAACGACCCGCCGAAUCCGCUCGCCCAACGACACCACCCAACGCACAGCACCACACCGCACCACUGCAAAUGAGGAGUCAAUUGAAAAUCAAGUUAGAGCUGGCUUUAAUGGAAUUAGUUCUACAUGGCAGCGAGGCAUCUGCGAGAUGCAAACGCAAAAGCAAACUCGAGCUCAAUAGCAAAAGCACCCAAGGAUGUAUGCGAACAAGGCAUUAUAGUAUAGCUCCGGAAGUUCCACUUACUUACCUCUGAGUAUCUGUGUGAGUGGAUGGAUGGGCGAAUGACUGUGUGGGUAGCUGGAAAGUGGUGUGCCGAGUGGGUGGUUGGGCGGCACACCUAGGCAAACAUUUAAAUGGAGCUCGAUUGGAGCGCUGGGAAGCGUUGAAAAGCGUGUAAAUGAAAUUAGAGAGCUGCCACACCCACAAGGCUAGCCAACGCCCCAACACGAUGGCACUAGUUUUAGCCCCGCCAACAGCAAACACGGUAUGAAAAAUGUGAAUCCUGGACGAAGAAGACGAAGGGGCCUAAGUGAUAAGCACUUUCCACGCUUAAAUUAAUUAAUAAAAAAAAAAAAAUGU